UCACUUCUCCCCAAGCGACGCCGAGUAGAGGGUUCGUGAGUUUGAUUGUCUCGCUAUCGAUUUCUUCCGAGAAACCUCGUUGUUAAAUUAAUAUAAUCAGUCACCAUGGGCGAUGCAGCGACGACGACACCAAAGGCACCCAAGAAGAAGGCACCGAAAAAGCCUGCCGAGCACCCGAAGUACGAAGAAAUGAUCGUCACUGCGAUUAAAGAGUUGAAAGAGCGAACGGGUUCCUCGCGUCAGAAGAUAACAAAAUACAUAUCCGAGCACUACAAAGUUGGAGAAAAUGUUGGGGUCCAGGUGAAGCUCAACCUUAAAAGACUUGUUACGGCUGGUAAACUUAUUCAGGCCAAAGGAGUUGGCGCGUCCGGAUCUUUCAAGGUGAACAAAGCCGCCGAGGUGAAGCCGAAACCUAAACCAAAGAAGAAGCCUGCCGCCAAGAAACCGGCAGCCAAACCCAAGAAGAAGCCCGCAGCUAAAAAGCCUGCUGCAAAGAAAGCAGCCGCAAAGAAGAAGCCUGCAGCCAAGAAGAAGGCUGCAAAGAAACCGGCCGCGAAGAAAGCCCCAGCAAAGAAAGCAGCAAAGAAACCCGCCGCCAAAAAAUCGCCCGCGAAGAAAUCCACGAAGAAAGCAAAGAGCCCAGCGAAAAAGCCGGCCAAAAAAGCUACAAAAGGAAAGAAAUAAGUGAACUUGAAAAUAUUUCAUGACUGACAUACAUUUAUUAUGUUUAUAUUAAAAGACUGCGGUUUCCGUUGACUUUCAGUUUAAAAAAAAACAAACCUUUGCCGUAGCAGAGGGUGCCGAAGAUAGAAUAUAGAAAUAAGAAUUAAGAAUUCUUUCUGUAGAUGUGAAUGUAUGUUACCAGCCGUUGUUAGGUUUUUCAUAGCAAUUUAUUUAUGUAAAGUGCAGGUCAGAUGUGUGAGGUACACGAGAGUUUUGUAAAUAAAGGAAAAAAAAAUUUUAUAAACGAAA